CUGCGAGUGUGUGUGAGAGAGAGAGGGUGUGUGUGAGAGAUUUAAUCUGUGAGGAGAAUGAAGACGGAGUGGAUAGUUGUGCUGGCGGUGUGUUUGUGGACUUCAGCGGAGGGAACAUUCCGGCCCUCGGCGAGCUGUGUGUGUCACGGGAAGGCUCUGUACUGUGUGAGAGAUGCUCUGGGGCUGCGCUGUGAGAACUGUCAGGACAACACUGAGGGCAGACACUGUGAAAACUGCAAGGAGGGAUAUCAUCACCAGAGGGCAGGAGAGCGCUGCACGCCCUGCUACUGCAACUCUAUAGGCUCUGUGGGACCGGGGUGCAACAGCCGGGGGCAGUGUGUGUGUAAGCAGGGUGUGCAGGGGGCCAGGUGUGACCAGUGUGCUAACGGUGCUCCAAUCACGUCUCAGGGCUGUGAGCCACAGAGGCAGUCUACGUGUUUCUGUAACGGUCAUUCAGACGACUGCUCUCUGGCUUCAGGUUAUGCAGUUUAUAACAUCACUUCAGCUUUUAAUCAAGGGACAGAGGGUUGGAGAGCUAUCACAGCUCAGGGUGUUAACCCGUCCCGGGUACACUUUCGCUGGUCCCCUUCCCACCAUGACCUGGAGGUCAUCGCUAGGGAUGUGCUUCCUGUUUACCUGAUGGCUCCAGCCCAGUAUCUAGGGAACCAGGUUCUGAGCUACGGUCAGCCGCUGUCCUUCUCUCUGCGUCUGGACCGAGGCGUCCGCUACCCCUCUAGCUCAGACGUUGUGUUGGAAGGAUCUGGACUGAAAGUUUCUGCAUCACUGGGAGAUCUGAGGACCGUCAUACCCUGUGGAAAGACAAUCACAUACACAUUCAGGUUGAAUGAACAGCCUGGCAGCAGAUGGAGGCCCCAGCUUUCACAAGCAGAGUUCCAGAGACUUUUGAGUGACCUUACAGCUGUUAAGAUCCGGGCCACAUUCGGUGAAGAUGGACGUGGGUAUCUGGAUAACGUCACGCUGGUUUCGGCUCGGCCCGGGUCAGGCAGUCCUGCAGGCUGGGUGCAGAGGUGCCGCUGUCCUGCGGGGUACGAGGGGCAGUUUUGUGAGCAGUGUGCUGCAGGCUAUAGGAAAAGCAACCCGAGCCGAGGACCCCAAAGCCCCUGUGAGCCGUGCACCUGCCGAGGAGGAAGCUGUGAUCCUGAAACAGGAGAUUGUUACCCCGCAGAUGAGACUAAUAACAGACAGCCCUGCCCCUCUGGAUACUACGACAAUCCUCAGCAACCUGGUACCUGCCUGAGUUGCCCGUGCCCUUACGACUGCAUCGUCACCCCGGGAACCACCAGUGUGAUUUGUGACUGUCCGCCUGGAACCACAGGCUCCCGCUGCCAAAGCUGUGAGGACGGUUUCUAUGGAGACCCUCAGGGAGAGAGCGGCAUUCAGCUGCCGUGCCGCCGUUGCCAGUGUAACGGGCACUUGGACCCCAACGCUGUGGGCAACUGUGACCGCUUAACAGGAGAGUGUUUAAAGUGCAUGAACAACAACACAGGCUUCUACUGUGAGAACUGUGUGGACGGAUUCUACCACAGCAAGCCCACCGACGCCUGCCAGGCCUGCAACUGCAACCCACAGGGCUCAGUGUUCAGUUCCUGCAGUGACCAGGGCCGGUGCAACUGCAAAGAGGGGUUUGAGGGUCACAAGUGUGAGAAAUCCACGUGUCCAUCCUGCUUCAACCCAGUUAAGAGCCAGAUGGAGAAGUAUGCGCUGAAGCUGAAGGAGCUGGAGGCUCUGUUUAACAGAAUGAGCUCUGGAAGUGGGUUCAGCACAGACCUGACGGAGGCAGCCCUGAGUGCUGCUGAAGACAUGGUGCUGUCUCUGGAGAAGAGAGCCGAUACACUCACUGAGGCAGAGUCGCUUCUUCGCUCCAAACUCUCAUCACUCGGGAACACCCAGUCCAGACAGGAGGGAACACUACAGAGCAUCUCCAACACUGUGGAGAACAUCGCCAAGCAGGACCAGCAGCACCAGACAGCAGUGUCUGAUAUACAGAAGCUCAUCACUGACAUCAGACAGAACUUGUUGAAGGCCAGACAAGAUACUAAUCUAAUUGACUUUCCCUUACGAGAUGCUGAGGUUGGAAGCAACAACAUUAACAGUUUGGUUCAGAAAGCCACGGAUCUCGCUGAGCAGCACCAGAGCGAGGCGAUAACAAUCGAGCAGACUGCAAAUAACGCUCUCUCUGAUGCUAACAAGGCCUUGGCCCUGGUCAGCGGAAUAGUGGACGGAGAAAACAAAGUGAAGGAGCAGAUCAACAACCUCAACAACCAGUAUAAGACAGACGUGAAUCUGGUGAAUGCUAUGCAGAAGCAGGCUGCUGGUGUGAGCAGUGCUGCCCAGGCAGAGAGCAAGGUGGCGCUGGACACUCUGAAGCUCAUUUCUGAUCUGGAGAAGAACAUCAGCACAGCUCCUGAGAGCAGCACAGCUGAUUUGGUUGCCAGAUUGGACAGUCUGAAGGAUUCAUUAGCGAGUAAUGUAUCUGGAUACCAGGAGCUGCAGAAGGACAUUCUGGCUGAUCAGAAAGAAACAGAGGAUCUGCUGAAUAAAGCCAAAACUGCCCAACAGAUUCAGGAUAAGCUGCUUGCCAGGGCUAACGCUGCCAAGGCAGAAGCUGACCAAGCAGUAAAGAUUUUUGACAGUCUUGAUAGCGUGGACGAGGCUCUGGACAAAAUCAAAGGAUUUGAAGGCCAGCUCAACAGUAAUAAAGCUUCAGCUGACGAGGCCCUGAGUAAACUGCCCCUCAUCAACAGCACCAUUCAGCAGGCUGCGGCCAACAACGACAAAACCCAGGCUGUUCUGGCUGAUCUGAACAACUUCAACGAAGCUGUGGACACGAUUGAGAAGUUAAACAACACUCUGAAUAGAAUCGAGAAAAUGUCCGGCUCCCUCCCGCCCACCGCGGAUUUUCUGACCACGGCCAUCGCGCUGAAGGGAGGCAUGGAGGCACUGAACACUCAGGCAGGCCUGACCCUGAACCAGCUCACUGCAGAGAAGAAGAACGCAGAGGCGAACAGGAAACUGGCUGAAGCGGUUAACCAGGAGGCCAAUCAGGCGUUUACACGUGCAACAGACACCAGAAAUGCUGUUUCAGACACUUUAAAGACAGUUAACGACCUUCUGGGUGCUAUUGGAAAUCCAGGAGCUGUGGAUGAGAAGAGAGUGUCGGAUCUGGAGAGAGCGAUGAAAGACAGCCGCAGCCGCGUGGAGACGGACCUCCGGCCCAGGCUCAGGGAGCUGGAGGACACGGAGGCUCAGCAGAGGGACGCCAUCACCCGCAUGAUCAGCGACAUCGAUACCAUCCUCGCUGACAUACAAAACCUGGAGCAAAUAAAGCGGAACAUUCUACAGCUCGGAGAUACAUGCUACAACACAUCGCCCAACGAGAGACCCUAACGCCUUCACAUCAGUGCUGGACUAAAGAAAGUGCCCUUUAUUAAUGUCUCAGGAUAAACGCAACGACCCAAAGCCAUGAAAAAAACACACUGAUACCACUUUUACUGUUAUUCAUUUUUUUAUUUUAUUUUUUUCUGUUACCUUUCUAUAUUUUUGUACUACUGGAGUGAGCGACUGUAACUAACUGUAUUUAUGUCUUCCAUUGUGAAAGAGAUGACUGUGAUGUGCGAAAGGAUAAAACAUAUUAAGAUAAUAAUUAAAACAAUGCCGCAUCUGCUGUUAAACAUUUCAUCAUCAUCAUCAACAUCCAAUGUUGUUUAAACUGUCAGUAUUUAUUACACUCAAACAACAUGCAAACAAUUGCUGCCACAGAAGGAAUCAACCAACAGGAAUGAAACUUGGUGGGUAGUUGUACCCAAAGACAUAGGAGUAGGUUUGAAAUUGGGGGGAAUCACAUUUUUGCUAAAAAGAAUCAAAGCCCAAUAUAUAUAUUUUUUCUGUACUUCUGUUUAUUAUUAGUAAAAUCCAACCAAAGGUGUCUUUACAACCUAAACAUGUUACUCCAAAAAAUUAUAUAAAUAUGACAAAAACUCAGUACCGCUUUAUUUUUAAUUUUGUGUUUUAACUUUUACUGAAAGCACUUCUUAUGAUGGUGUUCUUUUAUUAACUUUACGUUUUAUAGAGAUUUUUGGCAGUAUUUAAUAUAAACGUAAGAUAACCCAAACCCUCCCAGUCUGUUACCCAAAAGCCACUUUUAUUGCAGUAUAUUGUUAUUGUUGCGAUUAAUUGCUCUCAUCAUAUUGUGCCAAAUUCAGCACCCCCGCCAGAAAAAGCACCCUCUCUAAUGUCUUUAACUUUACUUAGAAAAUGGAAAUACCCAGGAUACUUUUAUAAGCUACACUGACUAGUAAAAAAUAAGGAAAAAGAAACGUCCCCUGCAGCCUCUCCCAUGAUUUUCCUGGCGGGGGUACUGAAGUCAGCACCAUAGUAGUGCCUAAAUCUGCACCCCUGCCAUGAAAAGCACCCUCUCUGACAACCUUUGGUCCUCGUUACAUGCAAUUUGUCAGCCCAGCGUUACAUCAUUAUUAUGGUCAUGCAACCAGUGGUCCUACCUUUUCUAAAUGCACAUUCUAGUGUGCUACUCUAUCAGGACAAUGCUCAUCCACAUACUGCUGCCAUCUCAAGAGGUUGUUUUGAAGACACAGAUGCUAUACCAUGACCAGCAGCUUUAACAGACCUAACAGAUUUCCUCUUUAAACACAACCGCAAAGUGAGAAGUGAGGAAUAAAAUUGGUUUCUUACAAUGCCCACCGUACCUCUAUUUAUCAUUUAGAUUUACAAAUAUUAUACAAAAAUUAUGUUUAUAACCUACUUUUUAUUAACAAAUUAAUUAAAUUCUACAGCAGAGUUUACAAAUGUCACAAAAAAAAAAACAAUAAAAAUAAAAAGAAGGUAAUUAACAUAAACCCUGAUUAAAAAUGUGUGGGAUGCUAUUAAGACACUCUAUCAAAAUUCCAACAAAAUUACCUCUACCACAAAAUCUACAGAAACUGUGUGAGAAAAUGUAUACUGCAUGGGGGUUGGGGUGCAUUUCCUGGAGGAGGUGCUGAAUUUGACACAACAGCGGCUUUACAUGCUGAUAAGAGCAAUGAAUCGCAAUAAUAACAGUAUACUGCAAUAAAACGGCUUGUGGAUGUCUUGUUCUGGAAGAAUUAUUACAGAAAUUCAUUAGGAACCUCUACAACCUCAUGCCGAGAUGUCUGGCAUGAAAAUAAACCAAACUGAGAUGGAAAGCUUCAAGUAAACAAACUCAGAAACCGAUUGAGACCAGAGCAACUACAAAACUACGGGUGUGAAAACGCUCUAAAUUAUAAUAAUUUAUCAGUCUUGGUUUCCUCUAUCUGUCCUCCAAAUAGCAAUGCAAUCUGACACUUCCUUCUGGGUGCAACUAUUGUUUUGCAACUAUUUCUUAUAUGAUACGAUGAGUGUAUCAAGUCAAGCCUGGAGGUGUGGAAUAAAAAUUCAAUUGCACAAUUAAA